AUGGAAAGAAAGAGACCACUACUUUGCCUCUUUGUUGGACCGCCGGCGCGAACACAGUGGUCGGGGUGGCUGGUGGUUUCGGGAUCCCGUAGAAAUGCGUCUUUUAUGCCUCGGGUAUUAGCCACAGCUCGUAUUCAUUCAGUCAUUCUACCCCUUCUUCAUUCUUGGACCUCGCUUCUUAAUACUUUGACUCUUCCAUGCUGUGUCUCAGGAACCUUUUCAAUACGGUCCGGAUUGCUAGCUCCCGUUCAUAGUUCUGCUACAGAUGAUACACGAGGAAGAUUUUUAUGGUGGUUCUUCCUUCUAAUUACAGGCAUAUCUCUGAAUCUUUUCUACCAGAUGAAGCAGCAGGCAUCGGUCCUUAGAAUAUCUAAAAAAGAGAUGGUUGUGGCGCGAAGUACUCUUGUGCACCUACGUCACUCGGCUCGCGCGCAAUCCCGCCCCGUUAUGUUAUGGAAGAAUUGAGCUUCUUGCUGGGCUGGUUAUUCAGAGCCAGCAAUUGGCUGCUUCGUCCGUCCCGUCCGUAGCGCUUCGGAAGUCACUGUGGCGUGGCUGAAUGUAGAGCAGUCCGCGACGGAAGCCUUUUUGAGAAGUCAGUAGAUUAUUGAGAACUUCGGAAGAUGGUCAAGGUAGCUUGCUUCCAAGCCACUGCACUAGAUGCGCAUGUAGUCGUAGCUGCAGUCCUGUCCUGCCGGUAGCAAAAACGCCAAGAAAGCCGGUUUCAGCCGCAAGCAAGCGGUAGCCAAGGCGCUAGCUUUGAAGCGGUAAGUUGCGGGGUAGCCAGGCCCAGUAGGCAGAGCGGUCCAAUCAGGCCAGUCAGGGAAGAGUCCCGGUCUUUGGAUUGACCAGCA